AUGGCUAACAAGGCUAACCCACCAAAGUUAAGUGAAAAAGAAAAGGAAUUGGAAAAGCAAUCUUCUUCCUCUUCCUCAUCAUCCUCAUCAUCCUCAUCUUCUUCUUCUUCUUCUUCUUCCUCUUCCUCUUCCUCGUCUUCUAGCGACUCAGACUCAAGUAGCUCUAGCUCUAGUUCUGGCUCUAGCUCUAGUUCAAGUAGCUCUGAUUCUAGCUCAAGUAGCUCUAGUGGCAAUGAUUCAUCUUCAUCUAGUGACAGCGAUUCAUCUUCAUCUAGCUCAAGCUCCAGUUCAAGUUCUAGCGAUAGUGAAUCUGAUUCCGAUGCCAAGAAAAAAACUAAAGAAGAAAAUGUAGAACCAAAGACUGAAGAGAAAAAAUCAGACUCAGAAUCUAACUCAAGUGAUUCUAGCUCCAGCGAUUCUAGCUCAAGUGAUUCUAACUCAAGUGACUCGGAUUCCAGUUCUAGUUCUAGCUCUAGUGACUCAGACUCAGACUCUAGCUCUUCAUCUAGUUCAUCUUCCAGUGACUCAGAUUCUGACUCAUCUUCCAGUUCAUCAAGCUCUAGUUCCAGUGAUUCCGACUCAGAUUCAGAUUCAGAUUCAGAUUCUAGCUCUAGCUCUAGCUCUAGCUCUACCUCCAGUGAUUCCGAUUCUAGUUCCUCAUCAAGUUCUAGUGAUUCUGAUUCUGAUUCUAGCUCUAGCUCCAGCGAUUCUAGCUCUUCAUCAGAAUCAUCCGAUGAUGAAGAAAAAGAAUCUCCAAAGAGAGUCAGAGGUGAAGAAGAUGAUGAUGACGAUAAUAAAGAAACUAAAAAGCCAAAAACUGAUGAUGCAUUCAAAACUCCUAAAGGUUUAGAUAUUUCUGCUGAAUUAGAUUCUGCAGCCGUAAAAGAAGGUGAAAGAAAACAUUUUUCAAGAAUUAAUAGAAAAAAUAUUUCAUUCGAAGCUUGGGAAUUGACCGAUAAUACAUAUAAAGGUGCCGCUGGUACUUGGGGUGAAAUGGCCAAUGAAAAAUUAGGUAGAGUACGUGGUAAAGAUUUUACAAAAAAUAAAAAUAAAAUGAAGAGAGGUUCAUACAGAGGUGGUUCUAUCACUUUAACUACUGGGUCUUAUAAAUUUUUGGAUUAA